AACUGUAUCCCCAGGUGAUACUUCGCUGCGCCGAAACCCCGUAGGAAGUAUGUCGACAGCCUUGGAGCAGGAGCUGGCCUCCGUCUUGCAAACCAAGUGCGUGCUAACGUUAUUGUCAAUCGAACGCUGAUGACAGCUGCGAUGACGGUAGUUUCAUUGGGAUUUGCUGCGAGAUGGCCGUCUGCGUUAUCCUGGUGUACGACUAUAUGCUCACGUUCGGCAGGGAGGUAGAGCUCUUCUGGCACAGACCAUCCAGGGCGCUCGGCGGGACAGUGAUAUUCAUGCUCAACCGUGUCGUGGGCGUCGGUCUGGCAAUACUCGGUAACGUCAAUACUGAUCUGUCCCGCUAUACCUAUGCAAGUUGUAAGUAUACGAUUCUGGUUGAAAUCUCUAUCACGCUGCUGGCAUAUGCCAUUUGGGCCGCUGUGUCUGCCAUUAGAGUGCAUGCCCUCACAAAACGCAACUGGCUGCUCUCCAUGCCCACGCUCGCUUUGGCGCUGGUUCCGAUGGUUGCGGACAUGUGGCUCACAUCGACCAUAACGUUCUCCAUAACACCUGUUGGUCCUCUGAUCAUAUGCUCGGAGAGUUCGCCAAUUUCUGUAAGGCUCAACACAAUGUUGCUUAUUAUAAGCCGUGGCAGCAGCUUGGCUUCCGAUCUGAUCGUCCUGCUCGUAACGCUGUACUAUGUUUGUCCACGCCCAUGGCUCAGAGCCACGCUUCCCAGCCGGUCGCUCUCGCGGGUACUGCUCAGGAAUGGGAUUCUUUACUUCUUACGACAGACUGGGUCAACCUAUUCAUUGCGCCAAUGUCGACGAUAGUAGUCUCACGGUUCUUACUCGACAUCCGAGAGGCAGCAUACACAUCCGACACUACUCUCGAAACGGCGACCGACGACCUCUCCCUAAGCACGCUAUCUGGAAGCGCAUA